AUGGAAUCCCUCGCCAAUAACAUCGUGGCCGUGGCGGCCGUCCUUGCGGCGCUUGUCGCCGGCGGCUCGUGCGCCCCCCCGAAGUUUCCGCCGGGCCCUAACAUCACAACCAACUACAACGGCCAGUGGCUGACCGCCAGGGCCACCUGGUACGGCCAGCCCAACGGCGCCGGCCCCGACGACAACGGCGGUGCGUGCGGGAUCAAGAACGUGAACCUGCCACCCUACAACGGCUUCACGGCCUGCGGUAACAUCCCCAUCUUCAAGGACGGCAAGGGCUGCGGCUCAUGCUACGAGGUGAGAUGCAAGGAAAAACCCGAGUGCUCGGGCCAGCCGAUCACGGUGUUCAUCACCGACAUGAACUACGAGCCCAUCGCUCCCUACCACUUCGACUUCAGCGGCAAGGCCUUCGGCUCCCUGGCAAAGCCCGGCCUCAACGACAAGCUCCGCCACUGCGGCAUCAUGGACGUGGAGUUCAGGAGGGUGCGGUGCAAGUUGCCUGGGGCGAAGAUCCUGUUCCACGUUGAGAAGGGGAGCAACCCCAACUACCUGGCCGUGCUGGUCAAGAACGUGGCGGACGACGGCAACAUCGUGCUGAUGGAACUCGAGGACAAGUCGGCGCCGGGGUUGUUUAAGCCGAUGAAGCUCUCCUGGGGCGCCAUCUGGAGGUUUGACACACCCAAGCCGCUCAAGGGCCCCUUCUCCAUCCGCCUCACCAGCGAGUCCGGCAAGAAGCUCAUCGCCAAAGACGUCAUCCCGGCGUACUGGAAGCCCGACACCCUCUACUACUCCAACAUCCAGUUCUACUAG